GAAACAGGGAGAUUGACUGUGUACAAUAUGAGUUAUUACGGAUCACCUUGCAAAUAUACUUUGAUGAUUUCAUAAAGUUAAAAGAAUGUUAUCGUAUGAUGGUCUCUAACAAGAUAAGCAUAGCCACGCCUACACGUGCAAACUCUUGCAUGGAAAACAAUCCACUUGCUAGUUGUUUUAUUGCAAGAAUAAAAGGAGAUUCAAUUGAAGGAAUAUAUGAAAGUUUAAAAGAUAUCGCCCUGAUAUCAAAGAAUUGUGGUAGGAUUGGAAUCAACGUUAGUGACAUCCGUGCAAAUGGUGAUUAUAUUAAAGGAUCUAGUGGAUAUUCUUCUGGUGUAUGUAGAAUGCUUCGUAUUUAUAAUGAAAUGGCCAAGUAUGUUGACCAGGGAGGUAACAAACACAAGGGAGCAAUUAUGGUACCAGAGUUACGUACAAUAGAUCUGAAUCACUGUAUUGCCAUUCCAGAUAUAUUUAUGGUACGUGUUCGAGAUGAUGAUUAUUGGACUAUCUUUUCACCCAUGGAUGCAAAGAUAUCACUAGGAUAUGACCUAAACGGAUUAUAUGGUCAGAAAUUCAAUGAUGCAUAUAUUCGUUGUGAGAUUGUCGAAUAUACAGAAAGUAUAUCCAUUUGUAACCUUCGUGCUGUCAUUUUACCUAACCAUAUUUCUUCAGAAAAUGAAUUCGAUUUCACCGAGUUACAACAUUUUGUUAGACUGCUUGUAAACUCAUGUGAUCGAUCAAUCGAUCUAACAUCUUACCCAUUGUCAGAGUGUGAAAUAGUGAAUAAGAGUGAUCAACCUAUUGCAGUGGGUGUCAUUGGAUUGGCACAUUGUAUAAAAAACUCAGCACGCGAGCAUGGUCUGUAUGAUAACUAUGAAGGUUCAUCCUUAUCAAAGGGUAUCUUACAGUAUGAUAUGUGUGAUAGUGAUCCAUUCCCAGAACUUGAUUGGAGUUCUUUGAAACAAAGAAUUAAAGAAUAUGGGGUUUGA